AUGGAGGAAGCGCGCAGAAGGCGGCAACAAAGCGAAUCAACGAUACAUCAACGAGCUGAUUAUGAGCUUGCGAUUCAAGUGAUCUGUGACGGAUGCCAAGUAUUUAAUGAGAUUGAGUCGAGACGACGCUCGAGACACAUUGAGAGAACUAUCUGGUGCAUCUACGAAUGGUCGCUUUGGUUCUUCCUACCGCUCUCGAUUUCAACUUUGAUCCAGUACACUUCAAGGUCCGCAUCGCUCGCCUACAUCCUUUCAUUUGCACCGAUUCUUGUCUGCUUAAUGGCCAUCGAGGUUCAAGCCAUUCGAAACCGCAAUUUCACUGCCAUGCUUAUCUUCAAGUUUAUUGAUACCCAUUUCUUCAUGACAGAAUUUGCUGAUUGGACCGAAGAGGAAAUGCGAAAUAUUCUACUUGACGGUUUCGAGGAAGAAGCAGCUUUUCAAAAGCCUCGUUUCACGGAAAAAAUUCUUGAUGGAAAUUUGGAAAGGCCGUCGCAAUUUGACUGGACUGCCAACAAUUCAAUAACGCCGGUUAAGAAUCAAGGGCAAUGCGGCUCCUGUUGGGCGUUUGCAACGUUGGCAGCUGUCGAAGCAAUGCACUCAAUUAAGAGAGGCGUGAAAUUGUCGCUAUCCGAACAACAAUUAAUUGAUUGCGAUCAGAGAAGUAAUGGAUGCAAGGGAGGAAACAGACCAUAUGCUAUGGACUAUGUCAAAAAGAAUGGAAUUCAAGAGGAUAAAAAUUAUCCAUAUAAGGCAGCUGACACUUUUGAAUGUAGAACUGAUGUCAACGCUACAAAAUAUUAUAUUAGUUCUUACGAGAUUCUAUCACGAGAUGAAGAACAGAUUGCUGAUUGGGUGGCAACCAGAGGGCCAGUUACAUUUGGAAUGAAAGUGGUUAAACCAUUGUUUCAUUAUUCUAGUGGGAUAUUCGAUCCCGAUCCAAUCAUGUGCGAAGAACAAUCAAUGGGAUCACACGCCCUACUGAUUGUUGGUUAUGGCGAGGAAAAUGGGAAACCUUAUUGGAAUGUGAAAAAUUCAUGGGGCCCUCGAUGGGGUUUAAAUGGCUAUUUGAAACUAGCACGUGGAAAAAAUAGCUGCGGCGCUGCCGAAUUUCCAGUGGCUCCAAUCUUGAACUGA